GGCGGGUGGGAAAACCCGGCGCCCGGAAGCCUUUGCUUUCUUUGACGCAAGGGCUCGGGACGCAGCCGCCGUCGGCCGAGCGCCCGGCGAGGAGCGACCCCAGACGGAGCCUUCGCAGCCGCGCCGCCCCCCGCCCCGUCUCCCAGUCUCCGAGCCUUAGUCUUCCUCGCCGCCCUCCUCGUGGCAAUGGAGUGUCCACACCUCAGCUCAAGCGUCUGCAUCACUCCGGACUCAGCCAAGUUCCCCAACGGCUCCCCGUCGUCUUGGUGUUGCAGCGUGUGCCGGUCCAACAAAAGCCCCUGGGUCUGUUUGACUUGUUCAAGUGUCCACUGUGGAAGGUAUGUGAAUGGCCAUGCAAAAAAACAUUAUGAAGAUGCACAAGUACCAUUAGCUAAUCAUAAGAAAUCAGAAAAGCAAGAUAAACCUCAGCACACAGUGUGUAUGGAUUGCAGUAGCUACAGUACAUACUGUUAUCGCUGUGAUGAUUUUGUGGUUAAUGACACCAAGCUGGGACUGGUACAGAAAGUCAGAGAACACUUACAGAACUUGGAAAACUCCGCUUUCACGGCUGACAGGCAUAGGAAAAGAAAACUUUUGGAAAAUUCAUCACUAAACACCAAGUUAUUAAAAGUAAAUGGAAGCACCACUGGCAUUUGUGCCACAGGCCUUCGGAAUUUGGGGAACACAUGUUUCAUGAAUGCCAUCCUUCAGUCACUCAGUAACAUUGAGCAGUUUUGCUGUUAUUUCAAAGAACUGCCCGCUGUGGAGUUAAGGAAUGGGAAAACAGCAGGAAGGCGAACAUACCACACCAGGAGCCAAGGGGAUAACAAUGUGUCUUUGGUCGAAGAGUUUAGAAAGACACUGUGUGCUUUAUGGCAAGGUAGCCAGACUGCAUUUAGCCCAGAGUCCUUAUUUUAUGUUGUUUGGAAGAUCAUGCCAAAUUUUAGGGGCUAUCAGCAACAGGAUGCCCAUGAAUUCAUGCGAUACCUUUUGGACCACCUGCACCUGGAACUCCAGGGCGGUUUCAAUGGCGUUUCCCGCUCAGCAAUUCUGCAGGAGAAUUCUGCUCUGUCUGGAAGUAACAAAUGUUGCAUGAAAGGGAUUUACAAGACAAACUCCCUAGAGACAGAAGGAAAAGAAAAUGGAGCAUCUACGGUUGUCACAGCUAUAUUCGGAGGUAUUCUCCAGAAUGAGGUUAACUGCCUCAUAUGUGGGACAGAAUCUAGAAAGUUUGAUCCAUUCCUAGACCUUUCAUUAGAUAUUCCAAGUCAGUUCAGAAAUAAGCGCUCUAAGAAUCAAGAAAAUGGACCAGUUUGUUCAUUACGAGAUUGUCUUCGCAGUUUUACUGACUUAGAAGAACUCGAUGAGACAGAGUUAUAUAUGUGCCACAAAUGCAAAAAGAAACAAAAAUCCACUAAAAAGUUUUGGAUUCAGAAACUACCCAAGGUACUAUGCUUACAUCUGAAACGAUUUCACUGGACUGCAUAUUUAAGAAACAAAGUUGAUACCUAUGUAGAAUUUCCAUUGAGAGGCCUAGACAUGAAAUGCUACUUACUAGAGCCUGAGAACAGUGGCCCGGAGAGCUGCCUGUAUGACCUUGCUGCUGUGGUGGUGCACCAUGGUUCUGGGGUCGGUUCUGGACAUUACACAGCAUAUGCAACUCAUGAAGGUCGCUGGUUCCAUUUCAAUGACAGUACUGUAACGCUGACUGAUGAAGACACCGUUGUGAAGGCAAAGGCCUACAUCCUUUUUUAUGUGGAACGUCAGGCCAAAGCUGGAUCAGAUAAACUUUAAUACCUCCUUUAAAUCAUUAUUUGUCAACUAUACCGGACAAACAUUUCCAGUUUUCCGUAAAUACUUGAUCCGAGAUUUAAUUUCAUUAUGCACUUUUCAAUUUCCUAUUUUUGGUUUAGUUUUGUCAAUGGUAGUGACAUAUUAAACAUGGGCACCAACUAAUUUUUUUUUUAGUUCUACCAGAAAACCUCAGCAGAUACUUUGAUUUGCUGCUUUAGUUGUAAUAAUUGUUUUUAUAUGUAGUUUCAAGAACUUAGUUCUAUUUGACUUUUUUUAUAUUAAUGUUUUCAAUUCUCACUUUGAGGCACAUUUACAUCAAUGCUUUGUUACUGUCACAUGCUGAAAGCAAGAUAUGUUCCUGAUUGCGAAGAGCAGAACUGCCUGCUGCCUUUCACAGCUGUAAUGGGAGAUCAGGUGGACUCGAAAUCCAGGAUCAUGUGCGCACAUCAUUUGUGGCCCACAAGAUUUCAGUGACUGUCAGUAAUCUUUCUUUUCGAUUGUAAGAGGUAACUGGGAGAGCAUCAUUAAGUAGACCAGGUGAUUGCUGCUCUUGGUAUCUCUCAAGGCUGCUGCUUAUCAGCACUGAUUAAAUAAAUUUGUUGGAUCACUUGUACCUGUACUGCAAAUUCAAGAAUUAGUCCUUUGAAGUUUUAUUUUGUUUCGGGGUUAUUUUUUGCUUGCGUGUGUUUUCAUGGAGAGAAGAGUACAGCAAAGUCCAGAUAAGACCAGAUACAUUUAGUGUUUAAAAAUGUCUGUGACUCAGCUACACGGUAUAGAUACUGUCAGGUGAGGAGACCACAGCUUGUUUGCCUUUAGAACCAGACUCUAGUUCCCCCACUGUCUGUGGUGCUGGAUGGAAGGAACUACCUGUCCACUUUUGCCUUAUUUCUUGCUUGGCCAUCUCAAGUUGAGAUGCUGACCUCCAGAGCUGAUUUGACCAUCACCUACACUUCCCAGAAGGAAAUUUGAGUCUUUGCUACUUUGGGUUUUAACAACUCCCACUGGCCUAUCCUGAGAGCAGAGCAAGCUGAAAAUAUUCUCACUGUGAACAGAGUUUCUAUUCUUGAGUUUAGCAGUCUUGGUUUUAAAACUGUGUUCAAGAAACAUAGGUACAGGCUCCAUUAAGAUUUAACUCAAAUUGAAAUUUGGAACCAGAAUUCCAUCUAAGAAAGGUAAUUGUGAUUUCUGCAAGUGUUCCAGGUUAGUUUGUUGAUUUCGGGGUGGGGUGGGGGGCAGUGGCAGCACUGAUGAAGGAAUCAGAGAAAGGGACUCCCAGAGAGGGUUGCACCUUAGGACUAGGCACUGUUUUCAGGUUCAUCUCUCAUUCCAGCCUUUAUUUUCUUCUCAAGUGUCUACAAGUCACAAGGGGCAGAAUGUAUUUCAUAUUAAGCCAACCUACCAGACUUUUUGGUAAUCUUGUUUUUUUCUAUUAAAAGAAAAAACUGUCAAGUUUUAAGUGCAUGAAUGUAAAAUAAAGUCUAACAGCUGUCCUCAGGGUGGAUAUUUGAAGUUGCAAGAGAAGAUGUGGCUCCAUUUCAGUUAUUAGCUAGGUAUAUCUCCUAUUCUCUCAGAGCAAAAAUCACCUGCUCAACACUUUAACAUGGCCAGGAGAAAACUGCAAUUGUGUCUAAACUUGUACUAUCCACUAUGGUGGUCACCAGUUAUAUGUGGUUAAAUUUUAAUUAAAAUUAAAUUUAGGGGCACGUGGGUGGCUCAGAAGGUUAAAUGUUCAACUUUGGCUCAAGUCAUGAUCUCUUGGUUCCUGAGUUCGAGCCCCACAUUAGAUUCUGUGCUGACAGCUCAGAGCCUGGAGCCUGCUUCGGAUUCUGUAUCUCCUCUCUCUCUGCCCCUCCCAUCCCCCCCCCCCUCAAAAAUAAACAUUAUAUAUUUUUUUCAAUUAAAUUUCAAACUCACUUCUUUGGUCACACAAACCACAUUCCAAGGGCUCAGCAGCCAUGUGUGGCAUAGGACUGCUUAGGUCUAGGGCAGUUCUCUUAGAUAGCAGUGGUCUAAAUUUUCACUCCAGAGAAAAAAGCUUUGCCUUUAUGUUUAGGUCUGACACCUUAGAGUCUAGGAAGAUAAUUAAGAGGGCAACAUAUAUUUUAAAUAGUUUACACUUCUAAAUUACAUUAGGUUGAACCAUAGGAAGUUUGUGGUAUUUGCUUUUUUGAUCUACAAAAGUGAAAGUUUCACAUAAUUUGGCCUAUUAAUAUAUUAACACCACAUGUAAUUGAACUUGGAAUGUGCAUCUUCUUUGAUUUUUGUUCAGUAUCUCCUAUGAAUUCAGGCUCUUUUACUGAGAUGGUAUAUAGCUGUGACUUCUAACAUUUGCACUUAGAUUAUUCCCUCUUAAUGGGCAGCUGCUAUGACUUCAACAAUAAAGCCUUGGGCAGUGUUGAUGUUGGUGGAGAAAAACUGUCUUUUCGUACCAAAAGGAACUUAGUGACAGCCAGACUGCUUUGCUGGGGGAAGGUGGUCCUUAGGUAACAUCAUUGGCUUAAGAGAUGGACACAUUUCCUCUUUGAAUUUUUAGAGUAUUUUUAGUGCUUGAUUUUACUUAAGCAGAAUGUUUGAAUGGUGUUAUGAAGGAAGGCUGUUGGGAAAAGUGAUUGGAUCCAUUUGAACUGUGCAUUUGAACACCAGUGAUGUAAAUGUGCCUAUUCGUAUUUACAAAAUUUAACUGUGUAGCCUUAUCACACCUAUUUUAAAAGCUGAUCUUUGUGUGCUCUUCAGGGCUUUCCCCUUGUGCCAUGUCGUCUGUGUGUGUGUGGCUUCUCGCGCAGAGAGCUUAUGCUGAGGCGGUGCCUCAUGCUGUCACACCUCUCCCCUGGAACAAGAAAACUUCCUCAGAAGUCCUCCCACACAGGUGGGUGAUAGAAACAGUUUGUGGCAACACAAAUCUCUCUCCAUGGUGGAGAAACCUUUGCUUAUCCACUGUAUUCUACUCAGUGUCUAGUGAUGACAAAUGUAAUAGAAUUAAACCAGUGAAGUGUACAGGCCCCGGUCAAGUGUUAAAUGUGUAUCUCACCUGGGGAACCUACUCAGCAGCUUGGUUCUGCAGUUGGGGACAUCUUUAUUUCUUAACAGCCAAACCUCUUUCAUUGGUUUAGUGUACAUAAGUCUAUUUAGAUACGCUUCUCCCACUUCGGCCCCCAGCGUCCCCUAAACUCCCUCAUGUACCCUGUGGCUCAAGUGGCCUCUUCACUCAGGCCCUGAAAAGGCUCGUGAGCAGUCUGUUUCUGCGGCCAGGGCACCGGUCCCAGGGGACUGGGGUGUAGCCACAGGAACGGGCUGCGGUGCAGGAAGAGGCAGCCACGUGGUGGGUCAUGCUGGAGGGCAAGGUCUCCGCAUCGCCUCGCGGGUCUGAGCAUGAUGGACUCCAGAGCGCCCUGCCCUCCGCCGGUGCUGGUUGUGUCUGAUGUGACCGUUUGCCGCGAAAGCCUCGUUUGUGUGAUGGGAGAGGGUUAACUGUGCAAGUGACUAAUUUCAUUUAUGUUGUAAUCACAUCCCUUUUCUGCUUCACCAACCUGAACUGUUUUAUGGAUGAAUGUAUCAUUAAAUUUCUGGUCUCUUUC